CAAUACUGGGAGUUGAGUUCUGUUUAGAGGAUAUGUUUUUACGACCGUGGUAGCCUCUGAGGACGAUGGCUACUGCAGUUUUAAGAACUGUUCUGCGAAAAUCUAUAGGAUUUUCAGCAGACAGUAUUAAUAUUUUACAACAUGGUGCUCCCACCUAUUUACUUAGCAAACGACAUGCUGGCGAUGAUGCAUGGUAUCCGGAUUAUGAUUACUUGAAAUCACUUGAAGGUCCAGUUUGUUAUACGCCUAUGCCAUCAAAUUGGAUACCACCAGAUAUAAAUAUAAAUAUUAAACCAGCUGAAAGUAAAAUAAGUAAUAUUAAAUUGAAUUUUGGUCCUCAACAUCCAGCAGCUCAUGGUGUAUUACGCUUAGUAUUGGAAUUAGAGGGUGAAAUUUGUCGUAGUGCCGAUCCUCAUAUUGGUCUAUUACAUCGUGGAACAGAAAAGCUUAUUGAAUAUAAAACUUAUAUGCAAGCAUUGCCUUAUUUUGAUCGUUUGGAUUAUGUUUCAAUGAUGUGUAACGAGCAAUGUUUUUCAUUGGCAAUUGAGAAACUUUUGAAUAUUGAAAUUCCACUUCGUGCAAAAUACAUAAGAACACUUUUUGGUGAAAUAACACGUAUAUUGAAUCAUAUAAUGGGUAUUGGUACACAUGCAUUGGACGUGGGAGCAAUUACACCAUUUUUCUGGUUAUUUGAGGAACGUGAGAAAUUAAUGGAAUUUUAUGAACGUGUAAGUGGUGCACGUAUGCAUGCGGCUUACGUUCGUCCUGGUGGAGUUGCUUUGGAUAUGCCACUUGGUCUUAUGGACGAUAUUUAUGAUUGGGCCUCAAAAUAUUCUGAACGAAUCGAUGAGGUUGAAGAUAUGUUAACUGAUUCGAGAAUUUGGAUUCAAAGAACUAAGGACAUUGGAGUUAUUAAAGCAGAAGAUGCUCUCAAUCUUGGCUUUAGUGGAGUUAUGCUCCGAGGUUCGGGUAUCAAAUGGGAUUUGAGAAAAUCUCAACCCUAUGAUGCAUAUGAUUUAGUUGAUUUCGAUGUACCAAUAGGUGCUAAUGGUGAUUGUUAUGAUAGAUACGUGAUUCGAUUGGAAGAGAUGCGUCAAUCGUUGAGAAUAAUUUUGCAAUGUUUAAAUCAAAUGCCCGCCGGUGAGGUGAGAGUUGAUGAUGCAAAAAUAAUGCCACCGAGUCGAAAGGAAAUGAAAGAGAGUAUGGAGGCAUUGAUUCAUCAUUUUAAGCUUUUUACUCAGGGCUUUCAAGUGCCACCUGGCUCAACUUAUACGGCAAUUGAAGCACCAAAAGGUGAAUUUGGCGUUUAUCUUGUGAGUGAUGGUACAAGUAAACCGUAUAGAUGUAAAAUUAAAGCACCAGGUUUUGCACAUUUGGCAUGUCUUGAGAAAAUUGGACCUGGACAUUUUCUCGCUGAUAUUGUCGCCAUAAUUGGUACACUUGAUGUUGUAUUUGGUGAAAUUGAUCGAUAGAUGUGUGAUAAAAAGUAAGUCACAUCAUUAAAAAAAUCAUUUGUAUAGUAGAAAAACAAACAUGUACGGUUAAAUAAAUAAUUACAGUGAUUAAUUAAAAAUUAUAAGAUCAUUUUUUCAUUAUAUAUUUAGAAAAAAAAAUAAUGUUAUUACUUCUAUAUAUUUAAUAAAUUCGUAAUGGAAUUAUUUUCAUUUAUCAAAACAAUAAAUAAGUUAAUGAAAA